CGGGAGUCGGGAGCCGGGAGCCCGGAGCCCGAGCGGGAGCUGAGAGGCGGCCCCUCCGCGGAGCCUGGGCCCAGCUGCUUCAGUGGGCAUCAUGGCCAUGGAUGUGGCUGAAUACCACCUGAGCGUAAUCAAGAGCCCCCCUGGCUGGGAGGUGGGUGUCUACACUGCUGGGGCCCUGGCACUGCUGGGAAUUGCAGCGGUGAGCCUGUGGAAGCUCUGGACAUCGGGGAGCUUCCCCAGCCCCUCCCCGUUCCCAAACUACGACUACAGGUACCUUCAGCAGAAGUACGGGGAGAUCUACGCAGAGGCCAAGCAGAAGAGAGUGCCUGCUUGGAAUGCCCAGCGGGCCAGCACUCGGGGACCACCCAGUCGCAAAGGCAGCCUCAGCAUUGAGGACACCUUUGAGAGCAUCAGCGAGCUGGGGCCCCUGGAGCUGAUGGGCCGGGAGCUGGACCUGGCCCCCUACGGGACCCUCCGCAAGUCCCAGUCGGCGGACUCCCUGAACUCCAUCUCCUCCGUGAGCAACACCUUCGGGCAGGACUUCACGCUGGGCCAGGUGGAGGUGAGCAUGGACUACGAUGGGGCCUCCCACACCCUCCACGUGGCUGUGCUGCAGGGCAAGGACCUCCUGGAGCGGGAAGAAGCCGGCUUCGAGUCCUGCUUCAUGCGCGUCAGCCUGCUGCCCGAUGAGCAGAUCGUGGGCAUCUCCCGGAUCCAGAGGAAUGCCUAUUCCAUCUUCUUCGAUGAGAAGUUCUCCAUCCCCCUGGACCCUGCCGCCCUGGAGGAGAAGAGCCUGCGGUUUUCUGUGUUUGGCAUCGAUGAGGAUGAGCGGAAUGUCAGCACGGGGGUGGUCGAGCUAAAGCUCUCUGUGCUCGACCUCCCACUGCAGCCCUUCAGUGGCUGGCUCUACUUACAGGACCAGAACAAGGCUGCGGACGCUGUGGGCGAGAUCUUGCUGUCCCUCAGCUACCUCCCGACGGCUGAGCGCCUCACGGUGGUGGUGGUGAAAGCCAAGAAUCUCAUCUGGACCAACGACAAGACCACAGCAGACCCCUUCGUCAAGGUGUACCUGCUUCAGGAUGGGCGGAAGAUGAGCAAAAAGAAGACGGCUGUGAAGAGGGACGACCCCAACCCAGUGUUCAACGAAGCCAUGAUCUUCUCGGUGCCAGCCAUCGUGCUCCAGGACCUGUCUCUCCGUGUGACGGUGGCUGAGAGCAGCAGUGACGGCCGAGGGGACAACGUGGGCCAUGUCAUUAUCGGGCCGUCAGCCAGCGGCAUGGGCACCACACACUGGAACCAGAUGCUGGCCACGCUGCGUAGGCCUGUGUCCAUGUGGCACGCCGUUCGGCGAAACUAGCAGUCAGCAAAACGGGCCGGGGUGGGCACCAAGCUGCCCGGGACCUGGCCCAUGCUCAGCUCCGAUGCCCCUCCCUAGUCCAGUGGGAGCCAUGAGUGCUGGGGUCCCCCACCGGAGCCCCCAUGAGCCAUCUUGGUCCUUCUGUCCAGACUGCAAUGGAAGAGUGGGCCUGGCCAGGUGUCUAGGGACCCAGGGUUUUCUCCCACGGAGGGCCAGCUGGAACUGGGCCACGACCCAGGAAAGGCAGCCUGGCACUGGCCCAUUAUGCUCCCAUUUUGAG